UGGUUUACCUAUGUGGCAAUCUGUUCAAAUUAAGAGAAACUUUUCAGUGUUUGAUUAUAAUAGUCAGAUGAAAAUCCAAUUAAUUCCUAAACUGAAUAAGAAUAGCACGAAUCCGUUGUGGGCGAUAGCGAACGUUCGUCAAUGUCCCCAAAAUGGAGCCUUGAGAAAGAGCAUUAUGAUUUCUAAUCAAGAUUGGAACAGUCAUAUUGGUUACUUUUGGCCGAUUGAGACAUGUCAAAAAUUAUUUUACGAUGAACAUAUCGUCGUGAAUCAUUUAUUGAACAUGAAACCAGAUGUAAACUUGGAUGACGCAAACUGUUCUCAAGCCAAAAUUGGACCGCAAUGCUUAUUUUCCUGUGAAUCUGAAUUGAAUAGUAACUCUAACUGUGUAGAAACAAUUUGUUACGAAGAUGGUUGCACGGGUGUUUCAGGAAACAAUUGCCUUAAAUUUUGUAAUACAUAUCCAUAUGGCUGCAAAAAGACAAACGGUACAUGCGAUUGGCAAAUAGCUGAGACUAAUAAUAAGUUGAACAUGCUUGAAAAAUCCGUCCGUUAUAAAAUUGAGUUUCCACAACUACCGCUAUGGAAAGAUUACGAAGAAAAGCUUAUUUCAAUUGAAAAAGCUACGCAUCAGGAAAUUGAGAUUCCACAACUACAACCAUCGAAAUAUAACACUGAGAUAAAAAGCCGAAUGUUUGCAAAGGCCAUUUUAUAUCUAAUAGUAAUCCUUAUUAAGGCAGGCGCAGCCUUUUACUGGUACCGAAGAAAAAAGCAGAGAAGCAAAAAAUUGACUGAUGAAAUAAUGCGAGACGAAACAAAUUAUACAUAAUACCAAAUAUAAAUUAUGUUUUUAACAUACCAUAAUCUCUUCAAUUAGAUUAGAUAACUACAGCAGCAAAAAUAAAUUAAGGAUAGUCGGUAAAAUAUUUUGCCAUAUGCAAAUGUUUAUUAAAUCUUUCUUUGAAAAAUAGAAUGUUUAUUCAAAUUUGUAUUUGUAACCAAUUCGUCUAACAAUGCAAAUAUACUGUUUAAUUUACUGGAUUUAUUUGCAUAAAGUGGAAAAUUUCCGAAAAAUUCCAAUAUAUUAUAAAAAGUUUAUAAUAUUAAUUUAUUGUAGGAAAAGUUAUGAAAUGAGUUAUGAAUUUUUUACUUGUU